UCAAACCGUCCUGUUUCAGAAAAACUGAUACUACAGCCACGGCGGAAUACCGGAAUCAAGAUUUUAGUAUUUAUUAAAUAUGACUGUAGUGGCUAAUUUUAUAAAAUUACUCGAGGAAAAUAUACUUUAUGCAAUUUUGGUAUUAAUAUGGCUACUAUUUUUGUGGAAACUUUAUUUAAGCCUUCGCCAAAGGGCUUUGAUGACGCGUUUGGUUGAACUACCUUCCUCUGUUGAAAGCUUCAUGACAAAGGAUGUUUAUGAUAAAGCACGCAGAUAUGGUCUGGAUAGAUUAGACUUUGGCAAUUUUGAGGACACGUACUCUAAUAUUUUUACUACGGGUAUUUUAUUAGCUUCGUGUUAUCGUCAUUUCUGGCAAUGGAGUAUUGACUUAGCAAAUUAUUUUGGUCUCAAUCCUGAAAAUGAGAUUAUCUUGAGCGGUAUUUGUAUGCUUAUUAUAAACGUUAUUUACGAUGUAACUGAUCUACCAUUAAAGAUCUAUGAUAAAUUUGUUGUGGAACAGGAACACGGAUUUAAUAAAGAGACACCCUUGUUUUUUAUCAAAGACCAAAUUCUUAAGUUUAUUGUUGUGCAAGCGAUUGCAAUACCUCUCCUUUGUGCUGUGAUAUGGAUUGUCGAGAAUGGUGGAGAUUACUUCUUCCUUUACCUUUGGAUCUUCUCAAUUUUUGUUACUGUUAUUAUGAUGAUCGUCUAUCCAGAAUUUAUCGCACCGCUGUUCGAUAAAUACACGCCGCUCCCAGAUGGAGAUCUGAAAUCAAAAAUCGAAGCGUUAGCAGCGUCCCUCAAUUAUCCGCUCUAUAAAUUGUUCAUUGUCGAAGGAUCAAAAAGGUCUUCGCACAGUAACGCAUACUUGUAUGGAUUUUAUAAAUCUAAGAGGAUUGUCUUGUUUGAUACUCUAGUGAAAGAGUAUUAUAAACCAGCAGAAGGUGAAACAGAAAUAAAAGGAUGCGAAACGGACGAAGUAUUAGGAGUGUUGGCACAUGAAUUGGGACAUUGGAAAUACAGUCAUACAUUGAAAGGAUUUUUGCUUACUCAGGUGAGCUUCUUGGUAAAUACUCUCCUGUAUGCAAAACUUCUUAAUUACAAACCAAUGUACGAAGCCUUUGGUUUUAUGGACUCGCAGCCAACAUUCAUAGGACUUAUUAUAGUCACUAUGUAUAUUUUAAUACCUAUAAAUACGAUAAUACAAUUCGUAGCAGUAGUGAUAGGAAGGAAAUUUGAAUUUGAAGCAGACAGAUUUGCAAAAACGCUGGGACGCGGAGCUCCAUUAAAAAGAGCAUUGAUUAAAUUAUAUAAAGAUAAUCUUGGUUAUCCUCUUUACGAUAAACUAUAUUCCGGUUGGCAUCACAACCAUCCUCCACUACUUGAAAGACUUGAAGCUAUUGAUAAGGAAGAUUAAUUAUAUAAUUAAUUUUUAAAUUAUAUGUUCAUUUAGUCACGAGAGUAAUUAUAACGUAUUGUAUAAUCAACGGCAAAAAUGACUAUAAUGUUAAGUUGAAUUUUAGUUAAAAUAAAAAAGUAUCAGUUUAUUUUUAAA